GAGAGCGAGGUGUCUACAGGCUGCAUCUCCACUGAAACAUUUGGAUGGGGGAGACAGAGGAAGAGCUGAAUGGUAGCUACACCCUGCGCCUGGAAGCGUAGAGACACUGUAACAAAGGCUGGCAAUUAUUUUUGUUUUUGGCAAUAACAAAGGUGGGAGAGGGGCUCUGAAAUCGAGGGGAAAUAGCCAAAAGACAGAUUUUUGUUUUUCAGGGGGACUUCUGCUUCAUUUCAUCCGAAAGACUCAUCCCGUGCCAUCAUCAGCAUGACCAUAAGCUCUAAGUAACAUUCGGCAAUAACGCUAUCAAAACAAGAUUUCCAGCAACAGUCGCGCGCAAUCCUAUUUCUGAUUUAUUAUAAUCGUGUGGAGGAAAAAACCCUCCACAAAAAACAGAAAAAAACAAACAAACCCCAAAACAGAUCAGCUGAAUGCCUGCGAGAAACUGGAUACUCUGUGAAAUCGUAAGAAAGAGCGAUCUAACAAAGAAAACUACAUUUUGAUUGAUCUUUUUAAAGCUUGAUGUGCGUGUUUCUGCGCGCACUCGAAUCGAACCAGAACCAAAAGCAAACUCCUCAGACUCCUCCCUCCUCCUCCCUUCGGUUUCUCUCAUCCUCUCCCUCCCCCCGGUCCUCUAUGCUCAGUUCGGUGUGUGUAUCCUCUUUUAAAGGGCGCAAGGGUGGGAACAAGUCGUCCAACAAAGCAUGUUACAGCGCAGACAUGACUUGUCCGUCGGAAAGCGAGAAAAUCGUGAUAAACUGCGGGGGGGUGCGGCAUGAGACCUACCGGAGCACCCUAAAAACGUUGCCCGGUACCCGCUUGUCGUGGCUCACCGAGCCGGACGCGUUCAGCAACUUCGACUACGACCCCAAAUUAGACGAGUUCUUCUUCGACCGCCACCCGUCGGUGUUUUCCUUCAUCCUCAACUAUUACCGCACCGGGAAGUUGCACUGUCCCAACGAUGUGUGCGGUCCCCUGUUCGAAGAGGAGCUGGCCUUCUGGGGCAUCGAUGAGACGGACGUGGAGGCUUGUUGCUGGAUGAAUUACCGGCAGCAUCGGGAUGCGGAGGAGGCGCUGGACAGCUUCGAGACUCCAGAACCGGACGCGCCAGACGACGACCCGGCGCUGGGUGGUGCGGAUGGGGACUUGAAAAGACUGUGCAUGCAAGAGGACGCGAGGAAAGCGGGCUGGUGGAAAACCUGGCAACCCAGAAUAUGGGCGCUCUUUGAAGACCCCUAUUCCUCCAAAUAUGCCCGGUAUGUGGCUUUUAUCUCCCUAUUCUUCAUCCUCAUCUCCAUAUCCACGUUCUGCAUGGAGACGCACGAGGCCUUCAACACCAUCCUCAACAAGACAGAGAAUGUCACAGUGGGCAACAUGACGCGUGAGGAGAUAGUUUAUGAGGUGGUGACUGACAGCUGGUUGACAUAUGUGGAAGGUGUGUGUGUCAUUUGGUUCACCAUUGAGGUCCUGCUUCGAGUCACCUUCUGCCCAGACAAGUUUGAAUUCUUCAAAAGCACCCUCAACAUCAUCGAUUUUGUUGCCAUCCUGCCCUUCUAUCUGGAGGUUGGUCUGAGUGGGCUGUCCUCCAAAGCUGCCAAGGAUGUCCUGGGGUUCCUGCGUGUUGUCCGAUUUGUUCGUAUCCUCCGAAUCUUCAAGCUGACUCGCCACUUCGUAGGUCUCCGUGUCCUUGGCCACACCCUGCGUGCCAGUACCAAUGAAUUCCUCCUGCUCAUCAUCUUCUUAGCUCUUGGUGUCCUCAUCUUUGCCACUAUGAUCUACUAUGCUGAACGAAUUGGCGCAGACCCAGAUGACCCAACAGCCAGUGCCCAUACCAACUUCAAGAACAUUCCCAUUGGAUUUUGGUGGGCUGUUGUGACCAUGACCACGCUGGGUUAUGGAGAUAUGUACCCGGAGACAUGGUCAGGGAUGCUGGUGGGUGCGCUGUGUGCCUUGGCUGGUGUGCUAACCAUUGCUAUGCCUGUACCUGUCAUUGUCAACAACUUCGGCAUGUACUACUCUCUGGCUAUGGCCAAACAAAAGCUUCCCAAAAAGAAGAACAAACAUAUCCCCCGAGCGCCACAACCAGGGUCCCCCAACUACUGCAAGCCAGAUGCCUUGGCGAUGGCUACUGCAUCACCGCAAAGAAUCUUGGGAAAUGUCUUGGGAGGAGUGAUGGGGUCUGGAGGAAUAGCAGGUGACUGUCCUCUUGCCCAAGAAGAAAUUAUAGAGAUCAACAGAGAUUCUAAGCAGAAUGGUGACGCAGCCUCAGCCGCCUUGGCUAAUGAGGACUGCCCCACCAUCGACCAGGUGCUGAGCCCGGAUGAGAGGAGUCCUAUUGGGCGAGGCCCCACUCGGGAACGCUACCAGCAGGACAGAGCCUGCUUCCUUCUUAAUACCAGGGAAUUCCGUGCCACAGAUGGGAAUGUGCGGAAAGAGGCAGCAGCCCUGGCACCCAGCCCAGACUCCCCUCUGACUGAGGAUUGGUAUAAGAUGGAGGGGUCUCUGUUACAGCAGGACCUCAAUGCAAACUCCACAUCUUCCUGGAUCAAACCAUAGACCAGAGUGUUAAGUUUCUAGCAUUCCCCCUCUCUCUAAUGAAGAGUCCAUAAC